CUGAUCCUCCGGUAGCGAAGGGUUGGAGGCGAACACCGAGCUCCUCCAGAGCCGCCCGGGAGCAGGGAGGGCUCCGCUAGCCCGGGGGGCCCUCCCCGCGGGGCAGAUGAGUUCCAUAUCCAGACUCUCAAACCAUGUUUUGGGAUCAUCCAAACAUUCCAUCCUCCUGACUCCGUAAACUAUUGGAUUCAUAACCUGCUCCAUGCUUGAAAACAUGGGGAUUGGAAUUCGGAACAUUUUAGUGGACAAACCAAACGACCAAUCUUCAAGAUGGUCUUCAGAGAGCAACUAUCCUCCCCAGUACUUGAUUCUAAAGCUCGAAAGGCCUGCUAUAGUUCAGAAUAUCACAUUUGGAAAAUAUGAGAAAACUCAUGUUUGCAAUUUGAAGAAAUUUAAAGUCUUUGGUGGAAUGAAUGAAGAAAAUAUGACAGAGCUGUUGUCCAGUGGCUUAAAGAAUGAUUAUAACAAGGAAACAUUCACCUUGAAGCAUAAAAUUGAUGAACAGAUGUUCCCUUGUCGAUUCAUUAAAAUAGUUCCACUCUUGUCCUGGGGACCCAGCUUUAACUUUAGCAUCUGGUAUGUUGAACUUAGUGGCAUUGAUGAUCCUGACAUAGUACAACCUUGUCUCAACUGGUACAGCAAGUACCGUGAACAGGAAGCUAUUCGCCUUUGCCUAAAACACUUCAGACAACACAACUAUACAGAAGCUUUUGAGUCACUGCAAAAGAAAACCAAGAUUGCACUGGAACAUCCCAUGUUAACAGAUAUUCAUGACAAGCUGGUGUUGAAGGGUGAUUUUGAUGCUUGCGAAGAGUUGAUUGAAAAGGCUGUAAAUGAUGGCUUAUUCAAUCAGUAUAUCAGUCAACAGGAAUAUAAGCCACGAUGGAGUCAAAUCAUUCCCAAAAGUACCAAAGGUGAUGGGGAAGAUAACCGUCCAGGAAUGAGAGGAGGCCAUCAGAUGGUUAUUGAUGUUCAAACAGAGACCGUUUAUUUGUUUGGUGGCUGGGAUGGAACACAAGAUCUUGCUGACUUCUGGGCGUACAGUGUGAAGGAGAACCAGUGGACAUGUAUCUCUAGAGACACUGAAAAAGAGAAUGGUCCUAGUGCCAGAUCAUGUCAUAAAAUGUGCAUUGACAUUCAACGGAGGCAAAUCUACACAUUGGGGCGUUACUUGGAUUCCUCUGUGAGGAACAGCAAAUCUCUGAAAAGUGACUUCUAUCGUUACGACAUUGAUACAAACACAUGGAUGUUACUAAGUGAGGAUACUGCUGCUGAUGGAGGGCCGAAAUUGGUGUUUGAUCAUCAGAUGUGUAUGGACUCAGAAAAACAUAUGAUCUACACUUUUGGUGGUAGAAUUUUGACUUGUAAUGGCAGCGUAGAUGACAGCAGAGCCAGUGAACCACAAUUCAGUGGCUUGUUUGCUUUCAACUGUCAAUGUCAAACCUGGAAACUUCUUCGAGAGGACUCCUGUAAUGCUGGGCCUGAGGACAUCCAGUCUCGAAUAGGACACUGCAUGCUAUUCCACUCAAAAAAUCGUUGCUUAUAUGUAUUUGGUGGCCAGCGAUCAAAGACCUAUUUGAAUGAUUUCUUUAGUUAUGAUGUGGACUCUGAUCAUGUAGACAUAAUAUCAGAUGGCACCAAGAAAGACUCUGGGAUGGUUCCAAUGACAGGAUUUACACAGAGAGCAACUAUUGAUCCAGAACUGAAUGAAAUACAUGUCUUAUCUGGACUCAGCAAAGAUAAGGAAAAGAGGGAAGAGAAUGUUAGAAAUUCAUUCUGGAUUUAUGACAUUGUGAGAAAUAGUUGGUCUUGUGUCUAUAAGAAUGAUCAAGCUGCAAAGGAUAAUCCAACUAAAAGUCUUCAGGAAGAAGAACCAUGUCCAAGGUUUGCCCAUCAGCUUGUAUACGAUGAGCUACACAAGGUUCAUUACUUAUUUGGUGGGAAUCCAGGAAAAUCUUGCUCUCCAAAGAUGAGAUUAGAUGACUUCUGGUCACUGAAGUUGUGUAGACCUUCAAAAGAUUAUUUACUGAGGCAUUGCAAGUACCUCAUAAGAAAACACAGGUUUGAAGAAAAGGCCCAAAUGGAUCCCCUUAGUGCUCUGAAAUAUUUACAAAACGAUCUUUAUAUAACUGUGGAUCAUUCAGACCCAGAAGAGACAAAAGAGUUUCAGCUCCUGGCAUCAGCUCUAUUCAAAUCUGGUUCAGAUUUUACAGCUCUAGGCUUUUCUGAUGUGGAUCACACCUAUGCUCAAAGAACUCAGCUCUUUGACACCUUAGUAAAUUUCUUUCCUGACAGCAUGACUCCUCCUAAAGGCAACCUGGUAGACCUCAUCACACUGUAACUGAAGAGUCACUGGACACAGAAAUGGAAAACAGGAGUCGAUUUUCCGUCUUUUGGAUUGCAGCUCCAUUGACUGACAGUAAAGCUGCAGUGAUUGAGGACUGCACCAGAGUUCUGAAGGGAUCUUAACCAUCACAAGUUUUUACCCUCUUCCUUCAUGCCUGACCUCAACCCCGCUCUCCUCAUCCUAUUCCUAAAUUAGGCUAAUAAAGUGAAAUUGGUAUACUUUCCAGUUAAAUAUAUAUAUAUUUUUUUUCUUAUUUUAUCUUUUAAGAAUUAAUGAGUAUAAAAGAAAAAUUAGGCAGUUUACCCUUUUCAGAUUUUUAUUUCUUUUUUUUUUAAUGGGGGAAAUAAGCACUAUUAACAGAUUCAGCACUACAAGUAUUUUGAAUGUUGUUGCUGUUGGUCAUUUGGCCUGCCUUCUCCCUUCCCAUUUCACUUCGCCUCCCAUCACACAACUGCGUGUAAAUGGUGUCAUUUGUUCACCUCUUUACUUCAUUCUUAACAAGUGUAUAGUUCUCUAGGACAGUUGAUGUAUGUUAAGGUGAUAUCUGUGUCUGUGUUGACUUGUCUUGUGUUACAUUAAACAGUAGGCAGAACUGAGGUCUCAAGUUUGCACUCUUGGCCAUAGAACUAAAAAUGAAACCUGAGAUAGACCCAAGCACCUAUCUGAGAUUGGUAUAUAAUAUUUCUAUAAUGAUAUAUUUUAUAGUAGAUAUUAUAAUAGCAUCUGAUUUUGAGUCACAGAAACCUUAAACUUAGGAGACAAUAGUUCAGAACCUUUAAGAGCCAUUCUAAAAAUGACCAGCAGGAGGGAUCUAGUAGUGAAUAAUAUCUUCAUAGCAAUUUUAGGAGAAAAUGACUGUUUUGUCCAGAAGAGCUCUGCAGAACCAGGGCUCCCGUUUAUCUUGUGCUAUCUCUGUAGUAUUUUCAUUUGAGAGAGGAGGCUGGGUUUCCAGAGCUUUGCUUUCAUUUAUUUUUAUACAUAUUGUCUCUCUAUAUCUGCUUGUGGAUAUUGAUAUUUUGAAGAGAAAUGGUUUGUGGUUGUCCAGUGGUAUACAACUGACAGGCAUUUCAUUAAGCACAUAGACCAGAUUUUGUGAAUGGUUCAGAUAUUUUUUCAUUAAAAAACAAGGUAUGGCAGAUGGACUUUCCCAUAGGUCAAUUAUUUUGUGAGAGAUGGAGGUACAUAUCUUCUGAUGAGGUGCUGUGGAAUGCAAUGUGGGAAACCUACAUCUGGCUAGUGCUUACAUUUGCUCAAAAAGCAUGUUGUAUGAAGCUGACUGCCACCAUGCUAGAGCAGAUUUGUAUUAAGAAGUGUCGGUCGAUCCAGUGGCUCUUAAGAGUGAAUAGCUUUAUGGGAUCAAGUAUGUCCCUGAGUAGCAAGAUUAGGCCUCACCAAAGAAGGAAUUAACCUGCACUUUCAAAAAGUGUCAUGUAUAGGAAUGAAACAUUGAGGUCCCACUUUAUUCUGUCUUUAGUACAUGGUUUUACUUAUUUGGGGGAUGGAUAGGAAUAUAUUUUUGCUAGUUCUAGGCUUGAAUCAUGGGCUCCUUGGCUUUCCUAGCAUCCCAAAGCAGUCAACAGUGAUUUCUUAAGCAAUUUGAUCUGUACCUUUACUUGUGAAAGGUAUGCUGUAUAAUUCAGCAAGUACCAACUUGUGUAGCUGCAGAAUAACCAAGUGGCUAUCCAGUCAAGUAAAUACAAUUUACUUACAUACUUCAACAGUUUCAUAAAACGAUUCCCCUGAGUGACACAAGAACAUAAAAUGUUAAUAUCGCUAAUAUAGCCUGUUAAAUCUUUUGUGGAGACAGGUGCAAAUCAGAAGAUUGGCAAGGAAGAACUUGAGCUUGCUAAGACUUCCUAAAUUUAAAAACUCUAGUUUUGCUUAGUGUGAAUUCUGGCACUUUAAAAAGAUUAAGCAAGUGAAAUUCUGCUGCCCUCCACCAUUUAUUUUUACAAUGCUUCUUUGUAAUUUUUUUCAUCAGUUCCUUAAAUGUUAUUUGGAGGAAACUAAGUUCUUGACCUCAGUAAUUUUAUUUUUGUUUUUUCCUAAAUGCUUCCCUACUAGUCUUUUUGGAAAACAUGGUUGUUUUAAUUUCAUCUUUCCUCACUUUAUUUAGGUAGAAUUUUUCCCCCUUCAUUUCUGGAAUUUUUUGCUCACCGCCAUGUUUAAAUGGGGUUGAAUCAUAGCGAGCCAUUUGCUCUUGCCAAAGUGAGAUAGAUGUACUGAGGAGAUAACUGAAAAGUCAGACUCUGUACUGUGGGGCUUUAAUCGGAGCACUACUGGAAAUGAUUGCAGAGAACGUAGUGCUUCAUAUAUCCAUGACCAAGACUGACAUGUAGCUCACAACAUGUCACAGUUUAGUGAGGAGCUACAUGUAUUUCCAAGAAUUUCAGCAUAGAUUAUAAUUUAAAUAAUCGAAUUUGGUAUUUAGGUACACUGUUUAUAUAGCCAAGUGUAUAUGCUUUACUACCUAACAAUUAUUCUAGCCUAGGUGAAUCCCUAAUUGAAACACCUGGCUAACACUUUAGACACAUAAAUUAAGUGGGGUACAGUUUUCUCGUUUGUAUUAUCUCCAGCUUCAACCUCAUUCUUCCUUUUUCUUAGUAUAAUACAUUGUUUUCAACCAGAAAUUUAAACUAGAUAUCCAACAUUAUUUUCAGUGCUUGUACUUCAUGAGAAAUAAUCUGAUUUUCAAGACACCUCUUAAGUGCAUUUGCAUUUUAUUUUGGUAAUGGCAGAGACCUCAUGUGGCCAGUUUGAUUGAUUCAAGAAUGUAUCACUCUUAUUCAAGCAAAGGAAUUCAGAGUUGAAUGCCUACCUCUGUGCUGAAGCUGACAGACAGUAUUAACUCUUAUCAAGGCCAUCUUUUAGACCUGAUUUUCAUUUAUAGGGAAAACAGACCUGUCCAUGUCUAAUAAGUAAAAACUGAUAGAAUACAUUAAAAAGUCACUGGUUUAUCAUAGAAAAGUUUGAUGGGUUUAGAGCUCAGUGAUUUAAGCUUGUAAAACUGCAUUCUUGGGCAAAAUAUGUAUAUUGUAUAUAGAUGGUUGGCAGCUUAUUCCAGUUGAUCUCUUUCACAUCUGCCUUAAAAGUGCUAUGUAGAGAUAAGUUAACAGAGUUAUAAUAAAACAGUGUUUUAAAAUCUAGCCUAUAAACAAAAACUAGUUUGAGGCACCCAAGCAUUUAGUGAGAGAUUGAGAAUGAUGCUUAAUGGAUCAAAAAAGCAAUUAGGAGUAUGUUCCUGAUUUUAUUCUCUAAAUUAUACUCAAUGUCAUGGUAAUUACAUGAAGAAGUUACCUACAAUUAUUCUUAACACUACAUGGAAUUCACUGGGUAAUUGUGGGUCAUUUAUUUCCUGAAAGUCACGUGAAAUCCUUAGCUGGUUGAAUGUUGCACAGUAUUUGAGAAUUACGGUUUGAAGUGAUUUCUGUGGGAGGGAAUCAUUACAAUGUAUAUUCUAAAUAAAGUCAUCUAACUAUUAAAAAAAAAAAACACCCUUCCUAACCCUUCUUUUCUUAAAAAUCCACACUCAUCCACAAUCUCAUCCCUUUGUAGAAAUUCUUGCCUGAAUUCCCACCAAGUUUUGAAUUCCUAAAAUAGCCCUUAUCUAGGAUGUGAAGGCUGCCCCAGAAAAAGUUUAUGGCUGGAGGAGUAUCAUACAGGGUCUACAUAUGACAGUACUUACAGAUUAGGUCUUUGGAUGCUUUAACACAAAAGAUUUUUGUUAUCCUUAUUAGUCAAAUAACACUAUUCUUUUGUGCUUCUAGACCCUGGCUUCUAUCUCCCUGUGAUUUGUUUUAAUGCUGAAAUGACUUGGCUAUCCAAAACUUCUAGUCUAGAGGUCUGUUGGUUGAACGCAGAUGUUUCCAAGUUUGUUGAAAUAAUACAAAGCUGACUGGCUUACAUGAAUGAUGUUGCCCUCAUUUGUUUUGGGUGAGGACUCAUUACUGCAGUGUAUUGAUUUCUUCACCAAAUGCUUUUUCUUUUUCUCAAUAAAUGCUGUUUUAGAGGUUCUAUUUAUAUAUGAUUUUUAAAACUUUGGUUUCCUUCUAUCCACCAAAUACUGUGAAUUGUUUUUCCAUUUAUUUUUCUUAGCUAAUGUAACUUUAUUCUUCACUUUUUUUAGCCCUAGACUUCCUAGAUUUUCUGUGGCAUUCUGUAGGAGCAUUGUAUUGCUUGGGAAAAAAAAGAUCAAAAUCAUUCUGAGGCAAAUGCUCUAUUAUCUUUAUUUAUGACAAGAGAAUAAUGAAAUUCAUAAGGAAUUAAUAACAUUCAGAUAUUGAUGUAAACAUAUUUGAGUCAUUUUCAUUUGGGGAUAGUAAUAAUGGCUGUGGCAGCUUUAAUGGAGAAACCUGUGUUGGCCUCUUUUCCUGGCAUUAGGAACUCUUGUCAUAGAACUAUUGGUAAAGUACAGGUUUGAUAGCAGAGUUCCUGAAUUCAGCAUAUCAUCAGAAUUUCCAUUUACCUUUUAUCUUUUCUUCUUAUUGUAUUUUUUAACCUUUUUGUUUCUAUUCCUACCUCCCAUGAGUAGCAUUGAUUUUCUGCUGAAGUUAGAAUUUGUGUUAAGAAUUGACUUUAAAUUUCUGAUAUAGUUGAAUAUUAGAAGUGGCUUCAAUUGCCAUAAAAUGAUUGCUUUUUUUUUUUCCUUAAAUAAAAAUAAUACAGCCUUAUAAAUGUCUCUUCCCCUCAAGGAUGUGAAUUUAGGCUGGGCAUAGUGACUCACGCCUGUAAUCCCAGACCUUUGGGAGGCUGACACGGGAGGAUUGCUUGAGCCCAGGAAUUUCAGAUCAGCCUGAGCAACACAGGUCUGCGUCUACUUAAAAAAUUUUUGUUUUUUAGCCAGGUGUGGUGGUAUGUGCCUGUAGUCCCAGCUACUUGGGAGGCUGAGGUGGGAGGAUCACUUGAACCCAGGAGUUGGAGGCUGCAGUGAGCUAUGAUUGUGACACUGCACUCCAGCCUGGGCAACAGAGCAAGACCCUGUCUCAAAAAAAAAAAAAAAAAGAAUGUGAGUUUAGCUCCACUUCCAAAUGACGAGCUCUUAGGCCAGUCAUAGCCAGUGAAAUAAUCUGAUGGUAGCUUCUGUAGCCCUUAACCUAAGGAGUCAUUAGAGGUUAUAGUAAAUUAGUUUCUCUAGUGGUGCAGAGAGAAAUGCCAUCAGGGGAAAUUAUCACUGUCUUUUUUGCUAAAGUUUUAUAUUGUGAACUGGAUCCCACUUCACAGCUUAAAAACACAAAAAUGAAAGGGUAGUCCUAGUUUAUCUUCUUAAUUAGAAUCAUUAUUUGGAAAUGAGAUUUGCAAUAUGCUGUCUAUCCCUAAACACUGCUGAGCUUGCUGGAAAACAGAAUUCAACAUGGAUGUUAUCUGAAAGCUGUAGGGUCAACAGCAAAAAAGGGGAAAUGUUUGGUAGGGAAUUGGACCAGUUCUAAGGUAUCACUUUUAAUUAUAAAAUAAUGUCUUCCUUUUUAUCUGCUUUUCAAACAGCCUCAGUGAACUAUUAAACAUUUGUGUGCAAAGUCCUAUUUUGCUUAUCUAAGGCAUUUUGACUUGGAAGUAUUAAACUUCAGGAACGAGCUAGAGAAGACAAUGAGGGUAUGUUAGAGAAGGAAAAAUAGGAGCUUUUUGCUCAUGGAUUUUAGAGGUCCACAAAUCGAAAGGAAAAAGAAAUUUCUUCAUUUCUAACCUUAAAAUAAUUUUGUUAAUGAGAUGCUGGGAAGAAGACUACCAAAAGGCCUCAAAGCUCAUGCUUCUAGAAUAUUCGGUAAUUCUGAAUAGUCUUUGGGAAGUAGCAUUUCUUGGGAAGUAGCAUUUCCCUUCUCCCAAAUAACUGUUUGAGAUCUUAGAAAAUCCAGUGUUAAUGGGCUGUAGAGCUUAAACUGGGUGAGCAGCUUCUUACAUACAGCCAGUUCCUUGUUAAGGAUCCAGCAGGAAAACCAGCCGUAAAACAUUUCAACAUGCAGUUUGGGGGCUCCCUUGCUUAUUCACUUGAGUUUAAGCUUUUGCUGCAACAUGGCUGUGUACCAUCUGGGAUGCUAGCAGUCACAGCAGUUAGCUCAGAUAUCUGAGCUGUCUGCCACACAAAUAUCAGCCUGAGGAGAUCAUCAUUCUUCAGUUUCAUUCAUUACUUAAUGAAUGCCAAAUUAGUUGGCAGGAAGAAGAAACACUGUGUGUGAUAUACUGAACAAGCCUGUGUGCAUGAUUAAGGAGCCACUCAAAAAGCCGAUUUUGAGCUUUAUUUCUCCGUUGUUAACAAAUCUCAAGAAAGCCCUAGCUCAUGUCAUUUGGUUGGUUUUAUUUUCUAGCCCUUUAACAUAGGAGGAAAAUUGUCAUUUCAUGUAUAACUUGUAACACGGAAUUGAACUGAUAUUAGUUUCCUUGCCUUAAAUUGAUUAUAUAUCAUCCCAAGGGUCUCUGUUAAUUCUGCUUUGCCAAGAAAUAAUGAGAUCUGGGUUUGGCAUUAGAAGUAUUUCCUAAUUUUGAUUUUUUCUUUAGGUUUCCUCCACAUCUGUAAAGUGAUUAAUUAAAUUAGAGGAGGCAUGUAGAAUAAAUCCCAAUCCCAUUGCAACUGGCAGAGCUUUAUAAAUCUUUAUAAAUUCAGUUACAACAAAGGAGAGGAUCCUACACCAUUAGAGCCAUGCCAUCAGGUAUUUGCAAGUGACAGCUGUAGUGUGUUGCCUCAAAUAAUACCAAGUUAUAAGAUAAAUAAUACCAAGUAAUUAUCAACUAACUCCAAAAUUUAAUAAUAAGAUAUCAAAGUCCAAAAGGUUACUUAGAAGUAGUCUUCCACGGGGGAAGAUAAAUUUAUUAAAAAGUCAUGUACUGAUCUUUUUCUUGGGAUUUUUUUUUCCUUUCCCAGAAAAAAAAUUAUUUUGGUGACUGAUCAAUUGCAAACAAUUUUCUUCCUUACUUACAAAUCAUCCGUUUAGAAAAAUAAAAAAUUCCUUUCCUAAGCAUUUCAAUUAGCCUGGGCAAGAGGUGUUGUGAUUGCCUUAUUCUUUAAGCCAGCUUACUUUUUGGAUUUGUGUGAAAUGUCUUUUGAAAAGAAAGUAGAUAAUGUAGUAUUAAUUAGCUACUUUGUAUAGUCUUCUGCAUAAUUUAGAGUUGAAAAUAAUGUAACAUUUUCCUGUGAACAGAUUUCUUUAUGCAUACAUAUUUUAUAAAUAUAUAUAUAUACACAUACACAUACAUUUUUUUAAUGCUCUUUUUAAAGCGAUUCUUAUCUUGCUCCCACUCCAAAAGCUAUGUACAGUUGAGUCAUUAGCUUCAGAGGAAGAGUACAGGAAAGCGAAGAUGAGGACCUCCUUUUCUUGUGUUGGGCUUGGGAACAAACAGUAUUCCAUCUUUCAAAUAUGGCAUAUUUCUAAACAGUUUGGGAAAGAUGUUAGAAUUUUUUAAAAGCUCUUUUAUAAAUUGGAAGUACUCAGUAGUCAGAAAUUAAGAUCCCCUCAGAUAGAGAUAGAUUCUCAAAACCAAAAUUGGACUGAAAAUUAGAUUGAGAAGAAAGAUACAACUUCCUCCAUAGCCAAUUAAAUCUAUCUUUCCAAGUCUGCUUUAUUAAUGCUGUGAAUUGCUCCUUCUGUUUGUGAAAACAUCUCCUGGACUGGAAAUGUGAUGCUGUAACCAGCUGAGCCGAAAGUUGGAGAAUGUUAAAUAUCUUUUAUGGGACUUAUGAUAAAAUAUAUUGAUGUUAGUUGAUUGUCAAAAUAGGUUUAUCAUUUUAAAAAUUAGGAAAUUACUAAGUGUAAAGAAGAAAAACCAGUAUUAAGUGAUGAGACCUCUUCAUUUUAUUUUCCCUGACUUAUUUCCAUUACCAAACAUAGUAAAGGCCAGAAAAGAUUAAAAAAAAAAUUAACACAGCCAUUCCAUCGUUUUUUUACCACAUGGAGAAAGGACCAGGCUGGAAGCAUAUGUCCCCACCCUUAUUUAUAUUCCUUUGAGCAUUGCCGUUUUCUAGACAGACAAUCUGAAAAUGAUUGUGUUGAUAGGUCUGUUUAAGCCUGAACUCUGGGUGUAAGAUGUUAUCCAGAAACUAAAGGGAGCUGCCUUGCUCAGGUCAUUGGAAAUUUCAAUCCUAAGACUCAUUUGAAUUUCUAAGUCUGUUAUGCACCAUUAUGGGCAUAUGGAGCAUAUUCAUACCAUGAGGAGGAGUCUUUGUUUAUGAUGGACUUUUUAAUAUGGCCAUAGUUAAACUCACAUUCAGAAAGGAUGAGCUAUUGUCAAAAGCCAAAAGAAAAACAGACAAAAUGAACAGGAAGCAAGGAGUCCAUAAAACAAGAGUUCUUUACCACGUUUAAGCAAAUGUCUCUCAAAAAAAUUGUAUUUCUCUGCACAUUAGCUGAGAUUCACACAUUUUGCACCUCAGUAGUAGUUCAGAUGAGACUCAGUGUGUGGAGGAGAAAACUGCUAACUUGUUUGGUUCUACUCUCACCCCCUCUAAUGUGGCAAUGUGGGGUCAGGGCCAUAUCCUAAAGUAUCCACAUGGUCUUAAAUGGAAAUCAUGGGACUCUGGAAAGCUGGCAUGAGCUGCUUGGAGCUUUUAAACAUAAGUGCUUUAUGGGUAUCAGAUCUCUUCUGACAUCAAUUGUUUCGAAUCAUUGUUGGGCUCUGUCGUGUUCUGCAAUCUUCCCCAUUCCCCUCAUGAUCCUCUCUGGCUUAUCUUUUAUCCAAUCUGUAUGGACUUUUUAGGAUUUUUUUUUUUUUUAGUAGAAAUAAUUUUCAGAUCCCGGCUUUGGUAAAUGUGUUAACUCUACUUUGUGAAUAAAUACAUGAAUGAUCUGCUAAAAAUGGCAAUUGUAGAAUUACGUUGUAUGUAAUGUACAUAUGGAGAAAGAAUGUAUUUUGUUCAUUUUCUUAAUAAAAAGUUAUAUAUGGAUGCUA